AUGGCAACCUCAGAUGUGCUGUCAACCAGGUUUUUGGCAUAUGACAAAAUGUACACCCACGACUUGCGGGAACAAAGUUUUGCAGACUGGCCAUUUAGAGAGGAUUGUAACUGCACACCUGAAAAGAUGGCGGCUGCUGGGUUUGUCCACUGCCCCAGUGAGAACGAACCUGAUGUUGCUUGUUGUUUCUUCUGUCUGAUUGAGCUGGAGGGCUGGGAGCCAGAUGAUGACCCCUGGUCUGAGCAUGAAAAACGCUCUCCUAAUUGUGGAUUCUUAACUAUGAAGAAAUACUUCACUGAGCUCACUGUGUCUGAAUUCGUCAACCUGGAAAAAGCCAGGCUAAAAGUCUACAUCAGAAAGACUUGUCAUAAGAAUAUGGCAUGUCUGCGUGAUGCCAUAGACCACGUGCUUGAAGAGCUUAAGUCACAGUUGGACUCUAUUUUAUGA